AUGGAAAGAAAAUUGUUCAACACCCCUGCGCCCCACCCACCACGCAGUGUCAACAAGGACACUGUGUCAAUCGGUUUGGGAUUGUCGAUUCAGGAUGGAAAUGGCACGUGUGCUGAUUGCACUGCAUUCUUUACUGAUCGUCAGGAGAUGACACUCGAGAGGAUUAAUGAAGAGGAGGAAAAAAUGAUCGAACGAUGUUCUACACUGGAACCUAGCAAGGUGGAAGAGUGUAAAACAAAAGUCAAGAAAAUAUCCCAGGAGAAGAAAGACAAAGCCAUCAGUCAGAGCCCCAUAGCCAUUUGUGAAGCCAUCAAGUUCUGCCAGUCGCUUGCGGCAGUCAAAAUUAACAAACCUACAAAUAAGGUUGAGUCGAAACGCCGCUGCAGGGACUGCAAGAACUUUCUCAAUGACGUCAAAGAAAAAGAAAUGGCCAGUGUUGCCUCUGUCGGUGAACUGAUAGAAACCGAAUUCUGUGAAAAACUCAGCGAAGAUCGACAGGAUAAGUGUGAAGCCUUCAUAGAGACAGCAACUGAAAAGGAAAUCGAGCUACUAGAUUUGGUAAUGCUGAAUGUGCUGCCUGUCGAUCCUUCAUCGCCAUCAGUCAACGUCACAUGUAAUCAUUUGUCAAUAAAGCUUGGCAUUUAA